AUGGAAGGCCCGACGCCGGUUGGCCCAAUGUCAUUUACCCCCAUAGCCAUCGACCCAUACCAUCCUCUUCUGCAGAGAAUCCAUGAAGAUGGAACCAUCACUGCUUUCCCACCUAGCGCGCUCGUGAUGGUCAUGAUGAUUGCCGAUCGAAUCCGCCAUCACCAUGAACCCGGCUAUGGCCAUGUUCUGUAUCCUGAAUUCAAGGGUGCGCGUGGCAUUGGUACUCAGUGGGUUGGAAUCCUCGAACGAACUCGGCCAGACAGAAGAGCCAUUGCGCUCACUGUCAAAGAAUUGGAUCUCACCACUAUGCCUGAGGACAUGUUUAGGCUUCUCCUCCCCAUGCUACUCAACUUCAUACCUGACAAGCCAAGCACAACGGACCUUCAUGCGCUGCAUGUAUUCAUCGACGAGGUACCAAGGCUGUCGGUGAUGGCGUGGGAAUGGCUCCAAAAUGAUCUAGGUGCACAAUAUCUCAAGGGACACUUUCGGCCGUCUCUAGUCUAUCCAGAUUUCCAGACAGCUUACAAGGAUAUCAACAUGAUCACUUUCCACCGCAAAGCUAGUGACUUGGUGUGCACAUCUCAAAAGACCCUUUUCUAUGACUCUAUAAUGAGGAGCCAUUGCACUUAUUGUAUCUCAAUGGCAGGCCGGCUUGGUUUAUGCAAUACCAUCGGAUAUGAUAUAUACGGAAGAUCUGCUCUCCAUGCCGCAAUUGAAGCAGAAAUAGGCGCUGAAUUAACAGAAAGCGAAGAAGGCCUGAUACUGUUUUUACUUGACGAAAUCUUGAACGCAGGGGUCGACCCCAGACAUUUCCCGACAAGCAUCGAUGGCCUGUCCAUCCCACACCAUGUGGCGCGUACUCGAGAUCCACAAUUGUUCAUGGCGAUGACCCGAAAGCUGAGCGAGAAAGGCUUUCCUCUACUUCUUUGGAACGAUGAUGGCCUCAAGCUUCAGCUGUGUAGCUUCGCUAGUCGAUACAUGGCUGAAUGGCUGUGGCGAUAUGAGAAAUUCAACAUUGCCUGGCUUCCGAGGAAUACGCUUCCCUACCAUCUUCCCCCGGAUGGCGAUGAGAUACAGGGCAAUUCACCGUUUGGUCACUCGUUCAACAGGGAUGCUGCUUAUGGCGAUCCUAUUGAACAUUCGUUUUUCAGCCGUCGGCCUAGUAGGGGCGAUUUCGCUAGAGCUUAUGUGCAUGACCCCGACAUUCCUCCUCGGUUUGGUGAUCGUGGUCCUCUUCUUAAGAACACCGCGCCUGCAGCUAGACCUCCAGGGGGGCUGAUUAUAACUCAGGUUGGUGAUGAUGAAAACGACGAGCAGAGCGAAAGCGAGGCCAUAGAUCACGAUGAUUCUCAUGUGAGUUUCAGUUCUCGAACAACAAGAACGAGCAGUCCAAAUCGCUCAGAUCAUCCCGAUGACAGCUCAGAUGAUGAAUACUCCAAUAACCGACGGCCACCUACAUCUCGAACGAUCUGGCACCGGGCCAUUGAGAAUCCCAAUGGUGCCGAUAUUCUGAGAUGGUUGAAUGAACACUCCGACGUGGCACCAACAACAAGAGACAAUUUCAAUCUGAACGAGAAGUCCGACGAGGACGAUGACCAGCAACCCCGGGUGGGCAUAAAACCUCUCAUUGCCGCCGUCCAAGGAAACCAGCCAGCAACAAUCAAAUGGUUCUGUGAUCAAGAACCCCACGGCAUGAUCCCACACUCAGGGGCAGCAAACUAUGCUGCUUCCAAUCUGUACUCCAACUGCGUGCAGAUUCUCGAUAUCGUCCUGUCUCGUCUCAACAAAGAUGCCUGGCGUGAUGCUAAACAGAUCAAACUAAUCUACUGGCAUAUAAUUAUUGCGUAUAAUAAUGCCCAUAUGCAUUGGUUCACGGAGCUCCCGCGUGGACCGGAACGAAAUGCCAAGAUCAGCUUGUUGAGAGAGGCCACCAGGGGGAAGUUUCGCGUGCUCAAUCGGCGAAUGAGGCCGUUUUGGUAUACUUUUCGAAAGUCAGCUGAGAUCCACUGGCUGCUUCAGUUUGGCGAGCUGCAAGAGGAUGCUUGGAUUAGAGAUCGAUUGCUUGAAAAUGAGUUCAACAGCGCUUAUCAGAAUGACUUUUCGUUAGGUACUCAACCGUGGAAUGCAGGCCAUGACCAGGAGCCGCUCGAUAGCAGGUAG